CGGUGGCUAGAGGCUUUGAGGUUGUGAUUUCACCGCGCGAUCACACGGGGGCCUGGCCGCGCCAUAUAACCCGCCGGGCUGUAUCGGAAUUUCUUCAGUUGGCUGUUGACACCCGCGCUCGUCGGGACCAGCGACACCAAAAGCUUGUACUUGUACCACCGUACUACCACUGUUGUGUAGGAUUUCUCGUGUUUUCUCUCUGGUUUACCUUGAUCAACAACAACGCCCGGGAUAUUUCUGCUACUGUUGUUUAUAUUGUUGAUCAGUUUUUUCCAGUUUCAAGGAAACUUUUUGGAUAAUUAUGACAAUGGCAAACGCCACUUCUUCAACGCCCCAUCGACCCUCGCCGAGCGCUUCCCUCAGAAAGACUAACAAACCUCUGAUGGAGAAGCGCCGACGUGCCCGCAUCAAUGACAGUCUCACACAGCUCAAGUCUUUGGUCAUACACAGCUCCAAGAAAGAUAGUUCUCAGUUCAACAAGUUGGAGAAAGCCGACAUCUUGGAACUCACAGUCAAACAUCUGCGCAACCUCCAGAACCAACAGCAGCAGCAGCAACAGAUGUCGCAGGGUUUGGGCCCGGACAACUCCACAGGGAAAUACCGCGCUGGCUUCAUGGAGUGUGCCAACGAAGUGAUCCGCUACCUGAAACAGUCGCAGGGAUUUAGUGACGACGUCAAGACGCGAGUAGUGGGCCACCUGGCUGGCUGUCUACAGCUGAGUACUCAGCAGACGUACAGCCGGCCCACUGCAGCCGCUACCAUUGUCACACAGAACGCAGCUCCUCCCCGACUAACUACCACCACUGUCCCCCCACCUGCUGCAGCUGCUACGGCUCAGCUGGCCAAUGGACAAAUUAUUCAGAUAGUAAACGCAGCCGCCUUCCAACCCAGCCAGGCCCCAGUUCAGCAAGCUCCACCCGCCGCCGCUCCCACAGCCGUGUUGGUAGCUACAUCCUCUGUGCCAGCUGCAGCUGUAGCCCCCUCGCAGCAGCUGAGCAUGUCUGCUCCAGAUGUGUCAUCGUCAUUGUUGUCGUCUUCUCCCUCUUCCUCCUCCUCCCUCCUCUCCUCCCGGUGCCCCCCCUCAGACCUGGCUCGUGCCACACAAGAACAACAUCCAGCCUCCUCCUCCUACACUCGCUACUGCCAGCCCUUGCACAUCCAGAUCCCUCCCACCCUGUCCCCCGUACUGCUCAAGACGUCCCAACAGCAACGGCUGCAGCAACAGCCGCAGCAACAGCCACAACAACAGCAACCUCUGGCUUUGAAGAGGAGUGAGGAUCAUAUCCCCCCUGCCCACCAGUCCCGCCCAGUUUCCCCUCCCCCUCGGAACAAUUGCUCCAACUCCUCCUCUCCCUCUUCCCCAGUACCCAAAGACUUUAGCCCUCCCUCUAAACCAGCUUACAAACAGCUUGACUUUUACGCCAAUGACCUUCACAGUGAGUACCCCCCAAGGUCGCGCACUUUCUCCAUGACGUCGUCCUCAUCCUCGUCGGAGUCAGAAAUGAUGUCCCCACUCAAUCUCUCCCAGUCACCUCCCUUCAGUUCCUAUGACAAUUCAAAAGAAAUCAGCCGACCCGUCCCCAAGAUGAGCCAAUUUCCUGACUCCCAUCACUCCACACUCUCAUACAUCAAACAACAGGACAAAGUUUCCCCCGUGCCAGUGUCUGGUCUGAUGAGAGACAAUGUCGACUACUCUCAACACCCAAAUUUCACCUCGGUCAUCGUCAACGCCAAGAAGUCUGUGGACAUUCCAUCGGCCAAGUACAUGCGUAUGAUGAUGGAAGAUGACCGCCACUGUGUCCGGCCGCAGGGUACUCCGUCCCCGGCCUCCUCUAUGGGGGAGGAGAGAUUGUGGCGCCCGUGGUAGAGUCGUUGCACCCGCCCUAGGGUAGUUGUGAUAGGGACGUUUGUAGCAAAUGGUGUGUGAAUGGGUGAUGAGAAGCCCUAUGUGACUGCUUGGUUUGUCUCUUGUGUGUGAAUCGUAUGCUAUCGAAAGAAACGGAGAGCAAGAUAACAAUAGCUCUAUCGUUCUCUUUAGUCAAUAAUGUGAAUCAAGAAAUUUUCCAGAGUUGUGUGUGGAUGGCAUAGUUCAUCAUGUGUGGGUGUGGGUGUUUGGUAUGUGUGAGGGGCAGAGAAUGUUGUACUGAUGAGUUUAAGAAUUGUCCAUGAUUCAAAUGAUUGAGGCUCUUUGUAGAGUUGUUAAACAUUAUGACGAGAUGCCUACUUGUACUGAUGUGAGAAAUUGUUAAUGUUGAUUGAAGUUCUCAGUUUUCCAGUGUGUUCUUUUUUUGUUGUAUGAUCAACAUUAGGCCAAAGUAAUUCCAUUCCUGUUGAUGUUUGGCUCGUUCCACAUACAUGCUGCCUUGCUUUCACGCUUGUUGGAAGGAAAGAAGGUUUUAUUCAGCAGAGACUCUACCAUAAUUUUUAAUCUUGUGAAAUAACAUUGACUUUUUAUUUAGAGACUAGUUCUAUUUUUAGCUACAUUUGUAGCACAUUCCAUUUUCUGGUAGAAAAAUGAUAGUUGAAUGUUUGUUACAAGAUUUGCUUUGUUUUUUGCAUUACCAGUACCAUUGACAUUCUGAUCAAAGAACACGUUAGUACCAGGUACUAGCAGUGUGUUGUUCUUCACAACAGUUCCAUCAUUAUACUUACUUACUAGCUCCAGUGAGUUUUUUUGUUGUACCAAUAACUGUUUGGUACAGUUUGUUGAAUCAAUUGUUACUUUUCCUCAUCACAAGAUCUUUGUUCCAGAAAUGUCUGUCAUGAAUCGUCAAUUUGUUGGAUUUUUUGAGAAAACGGCACACUAUGGUUAACACACUCACAAAUGUUACAUUUGUCCAUCUUGUUAGGGUAUGCGCAUAAUGUAAAAAAUCGUACACGCAUCUCAGCCAUAGCUUACUUGUGAUAUUUUUUAACAUGCCAAAAUGUUGGACUCUCUCUGAACCUUGACUCUCAUUCAUUUAUAUGUGCUCUUCUUUCUGUUACUUUCUGUCGUUCAUUCCAGUCCAGAUAAAUGUGCUUCAAUGUUUCAGCACUGUUGUUGUUUUUUAAAAUCUUUUUUCCAUUUCAUAAGAGCUUUUUCUUUACACUCAGGUUCUAGAUCUACUUUUUUUUUUUUUUUUUACUUUUGACUAUGUUUCUUUUUAAAAAACUUUUUCAGUGUUCUUUUUACUUGUCAUUGUUCUUUUUCUGACACAUGAAUUUUGAGAUUGUACAACAUUCAGAUUUAUGAUUUACCGAGUAUGUGGACUAUUCCAAUUAUAACACUGCAUGAAUAAAACAAGUUUCAGUGCAGCUUGAAACCUCAAAUGAAA